UCUUCUCCUCUCACACCUAUCACUAUAAGAAAAACCAACUUCGACACUAGAGUGAAGCCAUGGAGGACGAGAGAAAAAACAACACAUCUUCUUCAUCUCUCCCAUCUUUGUGUAAGCAGUUGGCGAGCUCAACUCUUCGGGGAAGCCUGGAACUGGACAUUCCCGUCGUUGAUCUAAGCGUUUCUGAUGAAGAGCUUUUGGUGCGUGAGGUGACGAAAGCGAGUGAAGAAUGGGGAGUUUUUCAGGUGGUUAACCACGGGAUUCCGACCGAGCUGAUGCGGCAACUGCAAGUAGUUGGGAAGCAGUUUUUCGACCUCCCGGAGGCAGAAAAGGAAGCCGUGGCGAAAGAGGAAGACUUUGAGGGGUACAAGAGAAACUAUCUAGAAGGUAUUAGGGCUUGGGACGAACAUCUGUUUCACAGACUCUCCCCACCCUCAAUCAUCAACUAUAAAGAUUGGCCUAAGAAUCCUCCCCAAUACAGGGAGGUGAAUGAGGAGUACACAAGGCAUAUGAAGAAGCUAACAGAGAAGAUUCUUGGUUGGUUAUCAGAGGGAUUAGGGUUACCUCGCGUUGCGUUGACGCAAAGUUUAGGUGGUGAAAUGGCAGAGUAUGUGAUUAGGGUUAAUUACUAUCCACCUUCUCGAGAAUCAGAAUUAGCCUUAGGAGCCGCGGUGCACACCGAUAUAGGUGCAAUCACACUUCUCGCCCCCAAUGAGGUUCCUGGACUUCAAGUCUUCAAGGAUGAACAAUGGUUGGACGUCAAGUAUAUCAACUCAGCUGUGGUUGUUAUCAUCGGCGAUCAACUCAUGAGGAUGAGCAAUGGGAGGUUCAAGAACGUGGUUCACAGAGCAACGUUGGAUAAGGAGAAUUUGAGGAUUUCGUGGCCGGUUUUUGUUGCGCCUAGGGGUGAUUUGUUGGUCGGACCUUUGCCGGAGCUUACCGGAGACGAGAGUCCUCCUAAAUUCGAGAGUGUAGUUUAUAAAGACUAUUUGCACCAGACAAUUAAAAACUGGACGCUCGACAAGCUUCCUCUCUACUGAAAAUCCUAAAACCCCAUAAACAAAGAACCCUUCGAUAUAUUGAACUGUCAAAGUGUUCGUAUCUAAUUUUAAUUUUAUUUUUACUGUUUUGGUUCGCUUUUCCUAGGGUAUUUCUCUUCUAUUAUAUAUAUGGUACGUUAAAGUGUUCAGUACAUUCACAAGUACGUAUGGUUGUGUACUUGUGUUGUGUGCGUUGAAUAUUUGAGUGAU